UAUUUAAAUAUAUGAAUUAUGGCCAAAAUUUCCUCGGUGGAGACAUAUGUGACGCGUAUUAGGCCUGCCAUAGAAAAUUUCCUACAGCACCCUAAUAAAGCCAACUUGUCGGAUGUAGAGAAAGAAGUCAUGGGAUUUGACUUUGGACAAAUACGCAUAUUUCAAAUACAAAUUGUAGUCCCGCUUGUGAUUAAAUUGGGUGAACUUACAGGAGAAAGUCAGGAACUGCGCACAAGCUUGUUGGAUUGCCUGCGACACAUUGUAUCCAAGCUCUACUUGACGGAGGAGAAAGCCUUACGCUCCAUUCUAGUGGUGGUCCUGCAGCAGAUUCGCGAUCGCAAUGGCUCUGCAAUGCAACCCGAUCUCUCCGAGGAAAUCAAGUUGGCGGCAGUACUCUGCAUAACAAUGGCCCUGCAACGUUCCACAAGCGAUGUGCUCGAAACAUUUUAUGGAAAGGAGGCUGUCGUGGUCUUAGGCCAAAUAUUACUCACCUUCAUUGAUUUUAUCUCAAGGGAAAGGUAUCGCAAGCUGGUCAAUUCAUCGCUGGAAGGCUUGAUGGUACUCUUCUAUGUGCACGAUGAUGCCGAUGCUGGCGACGUGGUUUUGCGCAACCAGAUAGCCAACACCAUAUUCAUAUUCCUGCCCAAAAUCGUUACUGUGCUCUUCAAAACAGCGAUGGCUGAUGAUAAGGUUGGCGAAUCAACCAAAUCCUUGGGCAUUAAGGCCCUGGGCCGCAUCACCUGUAUUAUGUUCGAGGAAACCACAGAGGAGUUUAGCAAAGCACGCUACGACGUGAAUGCAUUCCAAUCACUUUUUAGCACUCCCAAAGGCGAGAGCAAUGAGCUGUUGAAUGACGUUAACAUAUUUGGCAGCAAGCGCUUAAGUCUUGAGCAGAACGAGCAGCGCCUCAAGAAGCUCCAAACUGGUCUACGCUCUGCCCAGUGGGUAGCAGCCACAUCAAAACAUAUGCGCAUCAUCUUUGUCGCAACGAGUAUCUUGCGCGCCCACAGCUCUGUUGCAGUGCGUCGAAUGUACGCGGAAAUGUGUUGCUUACUCCUGAAGAAUUGCGCUCACAAUUUGAAACAUAGUUUUAUACAUUUGCUGGAGAGUGUUUUAGCUUUGUCGGAGGAUGCGGAGGAGGAUAUAGCAAAAAUGUGCCGUGAGAACCUGGCGCAGCUGCAGCAGCAGCCGAGCUGUGCGAGCAUCUUUGACGAGAAUGCAGAAAUGCUUCUGGACGCGCAUCUUAACAAAUGGCCACGCAUUCUACAGCGCUGUGAUGACAGCGAACAGUUAUCGGAGCUGCUUUUUUUCAAGGGAUACCUGCGGAAUCUCAGCGCUGACAAGUUGCAGCUGCUGCUGCUGUUACCAAAGAAUUUGGAAUUGUUUGUCAUGUGUCUGCUGACGGCGCUUGAUCAGCGUAUAUCGCGCGAAUUGCUUAAUGAGGAAUACUCGCUACGGCAUAUCCAAAAGGGCAGUGCUAAGGAGCUGGCGGCUCAAUGUUCCAAGUUGUCUUGGCGCCAGUUCAAGUAUCUCAACUCCAAACGCUGCUUAGAUGUUCUUUAUGACAUUGCUGCAUUAUUGGGCGCUGAGCCGUCUAUAAAUCGCCUAAUCUUUGACUUUUGCCAGGAUUUGAUUGAACGACGCAGCUCAGCCAUGAAUGAAUCGAUUUUGUUAAUGACGCUUAUGAUAUCGCCGCAGCAAAGAGUAGCGCGCGAAAGCCGUUUAUCGCUGGCACAACUUUUUGUGGAUCAACUACUAGCCGAAGAGCACUGGCAUUUGGCACUUCAGCCGGAUGCAGCCUGGCGACUUAAGGUCGACAAGCCUUCCUCCUGGUUUAAAGAUCACACGCCUGGUCUCUACUCGUCCGCGAUAGAGGUCCGCACGCAGGAUUGUGAUUCGGAUGAUGAGAGCGAGUCAGUCAAUAAUCGCGUGAGCAUUGCGGAUGCACAGUUCAAUGUGCUGCACACCUGCCUGGUUUUGGAUGCUCUGGGGCAUUGUGCUAAGUUUAUUGGCGAUACGUUUGAUCGUCAUAUAUUUCGCAGCUUGCACAAAGUGCUGCUUAAGUUAGCCAGCAGUAACACGAUGGUCCAUGAAGCAGCAACAUUUGCAUUCGUUUCAAUGCAGCUGGCCUUGAAAUAUGCAGCACCCUCACAUUUCAUAGAAUGCUCCACUGACUACCUAACCUUUCAUCUCAAUGCGCUGCUAAAGAAGUCACCCGAGAGCAGUGAAGCCGUAGAUAUACUCACAGUUGUGUUGCAGUACAGCUCACGUGGGAAUGUGCCCCAUUUGGAAAGUAUUUUCCAAACAAUAUGCGAGGAAUGCGCCAAGUCACAUCAGACGGACAAUAUACAUUCAUAUUUGCGCGUCUUCAAUGCGUUCCUGAGGCAUGCGGUCAGCUGGCAAAGUGCUACUGCGGCAGAGAUCGCCGACAUUCAAAUGCAUUUGGAUGAGGAGCAGAAUAUUCUAAGCACUUGGUUAAAUGUGCUAAAUAAACAGCGAACUGACACUCCCGUUGAUUUAAAUAGUGCGCCUAAUGAAGAACCAGAUAUAAAUAUGCACGAUGUAGAAAUUGAGGAUCAGUCAGUGGAGCCGCCAUCAAAGCCCAUUCUGCCACAACACAUUGAAAUUGUCAAGGAGAUUAUAAGUCAGUCUAUCAAGUUUCUUUCAAAGUCUGAGCAAGAACAGCAAAUUCUUGCACUGGAAUGCCUUAUUACUGGUGUGCCACUGCUCGCCGACUAUGAAGACGAGCUGCUGCCUCUAGUCCAUCUGUUAUGGCAGCCGCUGGUCGAAAAAUUUCGUCAAAAAGACUCGAUAGUGCUAAGCCGCUGCUUCAACUUAUUGCACAUUCUCGUCCUGCAUGCUAAAGAUUUUAUCUUAAAGCGCAGUCUUAGCGAUGUGAUACCUCAGCUUAAGCAGUUUUUGAAGACGGCCAGUUACCACAGUAGCGCGGAAACUUUGCGAGCGCCCACCCAGGAAUAUAAGCUGCAGUUACAGUUGCUACGGCAUCUGGCAUCAUUUAUACGCAGCCUGCAGCUUGAGGGCAAACAUCUUCAUGAUCUGCUUAGCAUUGUUGUGUUGUAUUUGUCUCAGGCGCAACCUAAAGAAAUGCAAGCGCUGGCUGUGGAAUUUUAUGAGAACCUAGCUACCUACAACGGACCAUUUGUGUAUGUGACGCUCCUACAACGUGUUCAUCUCAAGGACUACAAAGCUAGUAUCGACCGAAUUUUUCACGGCUUAGGCUUUCGCCUAGAAGCGCCAGUCGAACCUAAUCUUGACUAAUAAACAUUUAGAGUGUUUGUAACAAUUGCUUUACAUUGUUUUACAUUCC